UUAUUACGAAAAAUUGUUCCUACCCGGAUCUUUUACAUGUAGUUCCACAGCAAACAGGAGGAGGAAGACGUCUACCAUGGCGGAGACGCACAGCUUGCAAGAUCUGCGGCAGCAAGCAGCUAUUGCCUCCAAGGUGUUUAUACAGAGAGAUUACACAUCAGGCACCAUAUGCAAGUUCCAGACCAAGUUCCCAUCAGAGCUUGAGACCAGGAUUGAUAAGCAACAAUUUGAGGAAACCAUUCAGACUCUCAACAACCUCUAUGCUGAGGCUGAGAAGUUGGGUGGCAAGUCCUACUUGGAAGGGUGUUUGGCCUGCCUCACAGCCUACACUAUUUUCCUGUGCAUGGAGACCCAUUAUGAGAAGGUGCUGAAGAAGAUAACCAAGUACAUCCAAGAACAGAAUGAGAAGGUCUAUGCCCCACUGGGAUUGCUCCUCACUGACCCCAUUGAAAGAGGACUCCGGGUCGUGGAAAUCACCAUCUAUGAGGACAGAAGCUCCAGAUAAAAGGAGAGGGAAAAAAACAAAACAUCAAAGUCAUGCUGGAGUACACCACUUUGGUUGGCCUUCUGACCUUUCAGGCCUGGCUCUUUACCCCUUCUCAGCACAUACUGUAAGGUCCAGACUUUCUCCCUCAUGUAUCCUCCUUCUCUAGUGAGAUCUGGACUUUCUCUCCAUGUGGGAAGCAACAGAUCAUGUGUCCUGGAACUGACUAAAGCACCCUCUCUCUCACCACCCCUUCACCCCCUUACCCUUAUUUACACGUUGAAAUACACAAUAAUUGUUUUGUAUUUGUACAAUGUUGUAUUCUAAAUUUACUUUGAAGUUGCAAAUGUUUUUGUGCCAUGUUUUAUUUUUUACAAGUACUUGGAUGUAGUGUAUUUCCCAUCCCCCACCCCCCACCCCACCCCUCCUCACUUGUGGUGUAUGUACUUGUCUGGAGCAGAACUUCCGUGAUCAGUGUGCUCCUCUCGUUCCUCACAGUACAGUGGCAGCCUCCCAGGUGUGAUUGUUUGUCUUCAGAAGUAACUAAAUUCUGGAAAACAAGUCAACGAUCUUCUGUAAAAUUGCCAGAAUGUGUAAAAUGUUCUUAAAGUUACAUCAGCAGAAUUUGUACAAAUUUGCAGUGACACACCAGCUCCUCGCUGUGCGUGGACCUGGCUGUAGAGUGGACACAGUAGUUGGUGGCCAUUGUGACUCUUGAAUGAUGUUUAUCUGUAUCAUUCCAUGCAGUUAAGAGUUCUCUCCCAACAUGAGAUGAUAACCAUCUUCAUCUUCUGCUCAAACCCAUGACACUAUGUUUUGAUGCAUAUAUUAAGCACACACCAGGAAGACUCUUUAACCUGUGUUAUGAAAUGACAUCUUUACUACCCAUGUCCUUAGCGUGGUCCUUUCUCUAUCAUGAAUGGCGGUCCACAGAAGCACCAUUAAAACCUUAAAAGUAUCCUCGGCUUUUAGUGUCUCAUAUGGUAUAUAUUGCUUCUUUUGUCUUUUUUUCCUGAUUUGAUUUUUUUUUUUUUUCUGCUGCAAUUGUGUGUUGCAUCAUAAUAAACAUUGUCAGUCUUGUCUGAGAAAAUAUUCUCAGCACAAUUAUUUAAACCAUGUAUCUGUAAUGUACCAUAAUAAACAGAAUGUUUUCUUGAA